AUGGCUUCAACCACUGUAAACGUAAACCUCUUAGCGGCAGAUUCGCAGCCAUCUUCGACCAGUGCUGGCGAUGAUGAUGCGGGCAAGAAAAAGAAAACUACCAAGAGGAGGAAAGUCAAUCAUGCCUGCCUGUACUGUCGACGCAGCCAUAUGACUUGUGAUGAAGGACGGCCUUGUCAGCGAUGCAUCAAACGUGAAAUUGGACAUCUAUGCCACGACGAGCGUCGGCCCAAGGUACCUGAAAAACCUGUCGAAACUGCUGGAGUACCAGUCGUAGAUAUACCGAGGACGUAUGCUCCAGUGCCUGUUUAUCAAGGCCAGCCCGCACAGUCGACCUCAACGUGGCCUAUGUCGGUACCGACAUAUAUGUAUACGCCAGAAACCUUCGGCAAUGAGUUUUCGGUUUUAACCGACUUCCUCGAAACGUUGGACGAUGGCUCAUUUUUUUCGCCUCCUGCUACAAUUGCACCUUCGCUCGUAUCUUCUGCUUCGUUCCCUUCGACGACCGCAAACAUCCCAGCCACAAAUCAAGCGGCGACUCCCACGACGACGCUGGCGACUGGUCAACUCCAGGCCGCUAUCUACCCUGGAAUGGUAACAAUCCCUGCGACGGCGGAAGCGACAACUACGACAGCAACUGCAUCCGCCACACAGUCCACCGAAAACAUUUUGCCUGCGGCGACAAAGACGGAAAAAUUCCUCCUUACUGCUGCAGACCAGGAAUCGGGAUCCCGGGACGAGCGGUUAAAUCGGGUCAUCAGAAGCAAAUACGAGGCAGGUCUAUUAAAACCGUAUAACUACGUCAAGGGUUACGCCAGGCUAUCGCGAUGGAUGGACCGAAAAACGGUCAUCGCCGGUCAUUUGCUUACAUCGAAUCUGUGCAGUGUCUCUCAGGAAUCAAAGCAGCAGAUUCUUCAACCGUUGUCCGUCCUUCGUCCUAAAUUUAGGGCUGUCGCACAAUCGCUUCGUGAUCUGGACUUGGUUUUCAUAGAGGAGGCCUUUGAGCGAAUGCUCCUGGACUACGACCGGGUUUUCUCGGCUAUGGGUGUUCCCGCGUGCCUCUGGAGAAGAACGGGCGAGAUUUACAAGGGAAAUAGGGAAUUCACGGAACUCGUGGGCGUUGAUGGAUACAUGAUGCGCGAUGGCCGCUUAUGUAUCUAUGAACUCAUGGCUGAGGAAUCUGCUGUUAAUUACUGGGAGAAAUAUGGCCACGUGGCUUUCGACUCCAGCCAGAAAGCCGUACUGACCUCCUGCGUGUUAAGAUACAAGCCAGUUCUGAAUACUAGCACCACGAGUCCGGUCAUUAGCAAGGCGACUACCUCAGGCACACCGAGCGCUUCUGGAACAUCGGCGUUGGUCAAGAAGGAAGAUGAAGAGCCUCAAGCUAUGGAGGAAGGGUUCAUCAACUGCUGUUUCUCGUUUACCAUCCGCAGGGAUAAGUGGGUAUUUAUUAGAAAAACCAAGACUGCAGCAAGAAUGUCUGUAGGAAUCGUCAAAGGCUCUUUACCUAGCGCUCUCCAGAAACCAGCCCAUUCGUCUCCAUCGCCUCCGCUUGCCGAUAACCCCUUCGUGGACGAUGUCGAGAUAUCACAGGCGUUGCUCAAGGGCACAAUGAUGACAAAAAUCUCCGAUAAGGGCGAAAAGUCCGUGUUGUUUAGGAUUGAUCCUGAUGAAGGUCGGAUAUUGUACAAGUCGAACAAAGGUGGUAUAGUUCCCAUCGAAAGUAUCAAGGAACUACGUCUUGGACCCAACGCACGAUAUUACAGGGAACAGUUCAAGCUCCCCACCGACCUAGAAGAACGAUGGAUCACCAUCAUCUAUAUCCUAGACGGCACAUACAAGACACUCCACAUUGUUGCGGAGACACGGGACGUGUUCCACCAGUGGAGCGUCGCUCUGCAAAAACUAUACGCCGUCCGACAGGGGUUGAUGACAGGCCUGGGGAAUGUGGAUAUUCGUCAGACUGUUUGGGAGAGACAGUACUGGAAAGGUGCUGAUGAGGAGGGAGAUCAAGUACUGGACUUCGAUGACGUCGAGAGGUUGUGUAAGAGGUUGAAUGUAAAUCUGACACCCGAGGCAUUGCGGAAGCUGUUCGAGGAACUGGACACUCAAGGACGCGGGUAUCUUGAUUAUGCCCAAUUCCAACAAUUUGCAAAGAUCUUGAAGAGGCGACCUGAACUGGAGAGCAUAUAUGAGAAGAUAACAACGCGAAGCGGGGGCAAGUUCGAUUUGGCUGCAUUUAUUAAAUUCAUGAAGGAGUUUCAAAAGUCCAAACUAAAUGACGAUCAGUUAAAGGAACUGUUUACUAAAUAUGCUGGCUCAUCAUCAAACUUGCCCAACGAGCCUGCUGAUUUUCUCUCUCUGGACGGCUUCUCAAACUUCCUCGCCUCACCUGAUAACUCUGCGUUCACCGAACAGAAUUUUGGUGUCUGGCAAGACAUGACAGCACCUAUUUCGGACUACUACAUAUCAUCUUCCCAUAACACGUACCUCGUGGGUCAUCAACUAGUUGGCGUCAGCACCAUCGAGGGUUAUAUCAGGGCGUUGCUUCAUAGCUGUAGAAGCGUUGAGUUGGAUAUAUACGAUGGCGACCAUGGCGAGCCUAUGAUUUAUCAUGGAAAGACAUUCACUUCCAAGGUCUCCCUGCGUCAUAUCUGUGAAGCCAUAGCAAAAUACGCGUUUAUAACCUCGCCCUAUCCCAUCCUGAUAUCCGCUGAAGUACACUGUGGCGUCCAACAACAGGACAGGAUUGUGGAUAUCAUGGUUGAGGUAUUCGGCGAUUCUAUCAUUCAGGCUCCUGUAGAGGGUCGUCCGAAACUUGCACAGCUUCCUAGCCCUGAAAGUCUGAAGGGGAAAUUCCUGCUUAAAGCUAAGAACCUGUACGUCGUCGCACAGUUGGCUGCGGCACAAGCCGAACGUCUCGCGAAGAAGGUCGCUGAAGACAAAGAAGCGACAAUUGAAGCAGAAUCCUCCUCCACUUCCUCAGACUCUACGGAUAACGAAGCUGAGGUGCUACUCAAGGAGGGUAUUACCGACAUCAAGAAAACGUGGAAGCGACUCCGCGGGAAGGGUGACCCCUCGAAGGCCUCGGAUGCAAACGACAAAGAGGGAAAGCACAGGAAGAAGAUGUCUUUCCGCCUCGCUUCCCUCCUCGUGUACACGGUAGGCGUCAAGUGCCAUGGUAUCGCUCCGAGCAUCGAGUAUGCGCCUGAGCAUAUAUUCUCUCUCUCUGAAAAUGCGGCGAAUCGGAUGAUGAAGGCCAGCAUGCAGGAUUUAGUAAAGCAUAACCAUACUCACCUUGUGAGGAUAUAUCCAAAGGGGACGAGAGUAAACUCUACGAAUUAUGAACCGCAUAGGUAUUGGGCAGCCGGGUGCCAAGUUGUGGCAAUCAACUGGCAGACGUUUGAUUUAGGAUAUGUUAUCAAUCAGGCCAUGUUCCAGCGUAACGGAAAGUCGGGCUAUGUUUUAAAACCAGAAGCCCUCCGCUGUCCUGAAAAGGACUUGCUAUCGAAGCGCACUCAGCACUUCCUCGAUGUUACCAUCAUAUCUGCGCAGCAGGUCCCCCGGUUGCGUAACUCCAGAGGGGAAGAAAUAAUCGAAAAAUCUAUCGUUGACCCGUUCAUACAGGUGUCGCUUCACAUCCCUGAUUGGUCUCAUUCGCCUUUCCUACCGGACUCGGCUACAACUUCAGGGGCGAAGUACACACCUUCGACAGACGCCACAACAACCAGUGUAUCAUCUGCCAGGACGGUCUCGUUUAAAACGAAGGUGAUUAAGGACAAUGGAUUUAAUCCUGUAUGGCAGGAGGAACUGUGCCUGCCGUUCGAUUGUGUGGGCGGCAUGAAAGAGUUAAUUUUUGUGGAGUUUGCGGUGAGGCAGGAAGGUCAAAAUGAUGACGAUGAGCCCCUCGGUUUAUAUUGUGUGCCACUGGGGUGCUUGGAGCAGGGAUUCCGACAUCUUCCCUUGCACGACGCACAGCUUACGCAACAUUUGUUUUCGACGCUGUUCAUUCAGGUCAAUAUUCGAGACAUUGACUAG